GCAAAGAUGGCGGCGUCCUCGGCGGCAGGACGCGUUUUGACUCUUUGCAGACAGCUUCAAAAUGUCUGUAGGAUAUCCUCAACGAUAACUGUGCAACACUGUGUUGUUAAUGUGACCAAAGGCCAGAAUCAUGUUUACGGGGGAUUGUCUCCUCUCGUUGCCCUGCCUUGGUGCAGUCCCAUCAGCUCUGUGGGUCAGUGUCGAGCUCUGCACACAACCAUCAGCAGAAGAGGACUGGAAGAGUUCUUUGACUUCCCUGAGAACUGGGGAGAGACCAACGUGAAGUCAGGAGCACCGUGGACAGCCAAACAACUGAGAACAAAGAGCAACGAGGAUUUACACAAACUGUGGUAUGUGCUGUUGAAAGAAAAGAACAUGCUGCUGACACUUCAGCAGGAAGCAAAAAGGCAAAGGGUUCAGAUGCCGAGUCCAGAAAGAAUUAGGAAGAUUGAGCGGUCCAUGUUCCGGCUGGAGACGGUGGUGAAUGAGAGAGAGACGGCACUGCGUCUGCUGCAGACAGGACAGGAAAAAGGCAGACCAGGAGCCUGGAGGAGGAACAUAUUUGGACACGUCUACUGGUAUCGAUUCAAAGAGUAUGCAAUUCCUUGGUACAUGAAUAAAAGAUACAAACGAAAGAGGUUCUUCACACCCAAGUUUGUCCAACCACACAUAAGGCUGCGUAUAGAGAAGCACCUUCGAGAUAAGGCCAGGAAAGCAAACUUAAAGGAGAACACACAGGCCAAACUAAUGGACAAGUUUCCUCAAAUGAAAGUUUCCUCAUCAUGAAAUUUCGGUCUCCCAUUGUGCAGAUAUUGAAUUUUUGACAGCUGUGAUCCUCACAUCUGUCCACUCUCCACAUUUUAGUUGACAAGUUAAUACAGGUCAAUUAAAAUAACUGCAGGUUUUCUGAAACUGUUCUCUGUGCAGAGUAAAGAUUUAUUGGUCCAGCUGUUAUUUGAUCCUACAAGAUAAAUUAUGCUACUUUACCCUGA